AUGGCUAUGCAUAUUGCUUACUACAAAAUUGAUGCAAAUGAUGACAUAAGAUUUGCAUAUACUAGGAUUCUUAGUAUUGCCAAUCUUGUUGUGUCUCUUCGUUUGCUUAAAGAUUUGAGAUCAUUUCCAGGUAUCGGUACCCUUGUCAUAAUCCUUGGUCAAACUAGUGGUGAUUUUAUCAACUGGGCAUUCUUGUUCUUUCUAAUUUUCAUUCCAUUUUCUGCAUCAUUCUGGAUCAUUUUUGGCGGCCCAUCACUCAAACCUGUAUUGCAUUAUGAUAAAGCUGCCAGUUUAUUAUACUCUGUCUUCAGAAUGGCCGUUGGUGAUGAUUUUAAUUUGGAAGGAUUGGUUGCAGCAGAACCUGUUAUGGCUCGUAUCUUGACAGUUAUGUAUGUCACAGCAAUGACAAUCGUCACACUCAAUUUACUUAUUGCGUUAUUAUCUGAGACUUUCGCACGAGUACAUGGCAAUGCCCAAGCGAACGCAAUCAUGCAGAGAGCCAUCCGAGUGAUUGAAGCCGAACGAACUUUAACUAAAGAGAAGAAAGUAAACUAUCGGGAAUACAUAAAAAUGAACUGCAGUCCAGAAAUCAUGGAUAGUGUUGUCGAUGUUGCUGCCCCAGAAAGUAUCACAAGCUCACAAGAACUGACCACCAACUUGACGACAUUAAAGCAAGUUCUUGAUGAUAGAUUUGCAAAAGUUUGCGGAAAGAAUAAAAUCUCAGAUUUUGAUAGACUUAAAGAUGAUAUCGGCAAGAUAAAAGAGCAUCAGACAGAGGACUAUUAUACCUUAACAGCAAUACUGAGGAUGGUAAAACAAUUACAAGGUAAAUAUGAUUCAUUUGACGCUGACUUUACUCUACAUGCUUAAUAAACGUCCAUAAAUAAGUCAACUUCACUACUGUUGUGAUUUGUAAAGUUUGGUCAAAUACAUAUACAUGAUUGUGUAUUAUCUUACAGGGGAUGGGCCUGACGAACAAAUUCCGGGAAGUUCUUCGCCAAAUAAGCAAAGGGAAAUGAAAAUCCAAUUUCCAAGUUUAAGAAAAAAUGACAUAAUAGUGAUUCAAGAAACUUCAAAUGUUCCUUAUCUUGGGGAAAAUUCUAGUGAUCGUGGGGAGAAUACUAAUCUUCUGAAUGGUGAACAAUCUCAAGACAAUCUCUCAGGUGACCUCAAGGGCUGGGUAGACUGUUAGCUUGAUACCACUUUAUAUAUUCAUUUCCUAAUUACCAUAUUUCUUUAUCAGGUUAUAUACCAACAGGCGUGCUGCGAGUGGGGGGCGAGAGCCGUAAAAAGUUCUUAUAUCGUUAUAACCUCAUCUUUCGUGCACGUUAGGGUUAGGAAUAGAUUGUGAUUGGAGUUCUGAUCAAAACCAAAAACAGUAAUUAAAUACGUGCACGAAACAUGAGGAUAAUUAUUUAACAAUUAUUCACCGCAGUGGAGGUGAAUAGUGCAAAGGAAUAGUCCAUAUAUCAAAAAACGAAACAAAAACGACCAAAAAAAUUGUAUUACAGCUCUCGUAAUUACAAUAGUUCAAUGCAAGCAAAACAGGCAGUAUUUACAGGUUUUUAGUAAUUUUAUUCAUUAGAUAUAGUUUUACAAAAUACCUCUACAUAACCACAGUAAAACCAAACUUUGUGGCUUCCUCUGAGUUUGGCGUAACCACAGCUUCGUUUAGUAAAACAUUUACUCGUUCGUAUAACCGGAACAACUUCACUACUGUUGUGAUUUAUAAAGUUUAGUUCAAUACAUUUACACAUACAUGAUUGUGUAUUACCUUACAGGGGGUGAACCAGACGAACAAAUUCCAGGAAGUUCCUCACCUGAAACUUCAAACGUUUCUGAUCGUGGGGAAAAUUCUAGUGAUCGUGGAGAGAAUAUUAAUCUGAAUGGUGAACAAGCUCAAGACAAUCUUUCAGGUGACCUCGAGGGCUGGGAUACAGAUAGCAUACAUAGUAUUACUUAG